AUGCAUCAAUUGAUUGUGUUCGAUUUCUUCUACGACAAGGGUUGGCUUUUCGUGGACAUGAUGAAUCUAAAGAUUCAAACAAUCAAGGGAACUUUCUUGAACUAUUACAUUGUGGAUGAAUCUCGAGACAUUUCAGUGAAGGAGCAGAUGUCAGUUGUCAUUCGUUAUGUGAAGAAUGGACGUGUAUUGGAACAUUUUAUCGGUGUUAUACAUGUUUCGAGUACCACAGAUGUCUCACUUAAAGCUGGAAUUGAUCAAUUAUUUUCCACACAUAGUCUAAGUAUAUCUAAUUUAAGAGGUCAGGGAUAUGAUGGAGCUAGCAAUAUGCGAGGUGAGUAUAAUGGUCUCAAAACACUUAUUUUGAAAGAAAAUUCAAGUGCCUACUACAUUCACUGCUUUGCUCAUCAACUUCAACUGGCUCUUGUAGUUGUGGCACAGAAACAUCCAAAGAUAGAAACUUUUUUCACUUCAGUACACAGAUUGGUGAAUGUUGUAGGAGGAUCAGCUAAACGAAAUGAUCUUAUUCGAGAGAAACAAAGAUUGAAAAUUCUUGAAUCACUUAGUACGGGUGAAAUAUCAAGCGGGCGGGGUCUCAAUCAAGAAACUACUCUUAAGCGUUCUGGUGAUACACGUUGGGGAUCUCACUACAGUUGUUUACUUAACUUGAUAGUCAUGUUUUCAACCACUGUUGAUGUUGUUGAGAUGAUUGCUACUGACACUACAAGUUCUGGAACAAGAGGUGAUGCAUGUAUUUUAUUGGAGUUGAUUUUAAAAUUUGAAUUUGUAUUUAAUCUACAUCUCAUGAGAAAGAUUUUGGGAAUUUCAAAUGAAUUGUCGAAAGCAUUACAAAGAAAAGAUCAAGAUAUUGUUAAUGCCAUGAGAUUGGUACAAUUAUGUAAAGCACAGCUCCAAACCAUGAGAGAUGAUGGAUGGGAUUCUUUUUUUGGAAUGGUUUGUUCGUUCUGUGAAGCUCAUGAGAUAAAUGUUCCCAAUAUGGAUGAUAUGUUCGUAACUCUAGGUCAUUCACAACGUGAUACAGUGACAAAUUUGCAUCAUUUUCGUGUAGAAAUGUUUUAUGCCAUCAUUGAUAUGCAACUUCAAGAGCUGAAUGAUCGUUUUUCAGAGGUCAAUAGUGAGUUACUCCUUUGUGUUGCAUGUUUGUGUCCAAAUAAUUCAUUUGCCGCUUUUGACAAGAAUAAAGUGAUUCGACUAUGUCAGUAUUAUCCGGCAGAUUUUGACGCAACAGAUAUCUUGGAACUUGAUGAUCAACUAGAUACAUAUAUCUUUGACAUGCGCACUCAUGAAGAUUUUGGAGAAUUACAAGACCUUAGUGAUCUUGCACAGAAGUUGGUUGCAAAAAAUAAACAUGAAGUUUAUCCAUUAGUUUACAAGCUUGUGACAUUAGCCUUAGUCCUUCCCGUGGCUACUGCUACAGUCGAGAGAGCAUUUUCUGCGAUGUCAAUUGUUAAAAAUCGUUUGCGCAAUCGAAUCGGGGAUCAAUGGUUGAAUGAUAGUUUGAUUGCAUAUAUUGAGAAGGAUGAGAACUAUGAGCACAAUUUGAAUUUGAUAUGGCAUUAUAGCUCUUCCCAAGGGAUUGAAUCUAGAGCAGAAAAUAAAGAGAUCACUAGUCUUGCCCCUAGUCUGGAGUCCUGGUCUGGAAAUCACUUCUCCGUGAGCAGUGAACAAGAAAAGGAGAUAACGGGAUAA